AUGAGCGGAGCCGAGGGCAUUAACUUCAGGCGGACGGCCAUCCGCAGGAAAUCCACCCCGGGCUUCGCCGCCGUCUCCAGCGGAGCAGCGCGCACCUGCCCCGCCGGCCCCCCGCGGGGGGAGGCCGCCCGGGGGCCGCCGGCAGGCAGCAGCAUCUGUCCAAAGUCCUUAAUACCGUCUAGAUCUUGUCCAGUGAGUGCCACAGCCAGGCUAGUUGAGCAGAAUGCACGCAAUGAAGCGGCUCAGGGAUUAAAUGGAAGUGUGCCAGUCAAACAGUCCCCACGUUCAGCUUCAAAUCCAAAGCCACAAGUGCCUCCAAAGCCAAUUCAUCUGCAGAAGGUAUCACCUGUUACAUACCAAACCCCUAGGCAUAAAGCUUUAUCAAGUCAGAAGCCAAGAAUGGAGGAAGAUACACCUACCCCUGUUCCUAGUGUCACAAAGGAAAAGUCCAGUAAAGUGUCAGAUCUCAUCCAUCGUUUUGAAGGAGGCAGCCCAUUCAGUCCUAGUGAUUUGAAGAAAGAUUCCUCUGUUCUCAACAUCUCUAAAUCUCAAGGAAGAUAUGGAUCAACACCAUCACCUCAGCCAAAAUUCCCCUCCCAACAACUGCUACAAAAACAGGGAAACAGUAAUACCAACAAAACUCAGGUUGCACAGACACACACAGCCAAUGGUGUACUAGCACAAGACCAGAUGGAACGUGAGGACAGAAGGAUACCUGACCAUGGCUCUGCUGUGUCCACCCCAGUUCCAGAUAAUUCAAUCAACAGCAGCUUAAUAAAUGGCGAAAGAGUAAGUACGUCCAGAGAGUCAUUAGAAACUACAACUUCCUGUGAAGGACAGAUACUUAACAGCUGCUACAGGACUCCAAGCAGUGAUACACUGCUCCCGUCUGACAAUGAAACUCUAGAAAUUAAUACUAACAUGGAGGAAGAACCAAAUGAGGAAAUCAGCAAACAAGAUCAACCUAUAGAAACAAAGGAGACAGAUGAACAGAAACGUCACAAAAUUGCGAGUGAACUUCUGCAAACAGAAAAAGCCUAUGUUAGCCGACUUGACCUCCUAGAUCGGGUAUUUUACUCCAGACUCCUUGAAGAAGCCAACAGAGGUUCCUUUCCAGCUGAAGUGAUUAACAAAAUAUUUUCUAAUAUAUCAUCAAUAAAUGCAUUCCACAGUAAAUUCUUACUUCCAGAACUUGAGAAAAGAAUGCAAGAAUGGACUGAUACCCCCAGAAUUGGAGACAUUCUGCAGAAGUUAGCUCCUUUCCUCAAGAUGUAUGGAGAGUAUGUGAAGAAUUUUGAUAAUGCAAUGGAAUUGGUAAAAACAUGGACUGAACGGUCACCUCAAUUCAAAUUAAUUAUUCAAGAAAUUCAGAAGGAAAAAGUGUGUGGAAAUUUGACAUUACAACAUCACAUGCUAGAACCAGUGCAACGCAUUCCACGCUAUGAGAUGCUUCUAAAGGACUACCUAAGGAAAUUGCCUCAGGACUCCCUAGACUGGAAAGAUACUGAAAAAUCUCUGGAAAUUAUAUCCACUGCAGCAAGUCACUCAAACAGUGCAAUAAGGAAAAUGGAAAAUCUAAAGAAAUUGUUAGAGAUAUAUGAGAUGCUGGGAGAAGAGGAAGACAUUGUGAACCCUUCCAAUGAACUGAUAAAAGAAGGACAGAUCCUUAAACUCGCUGCUCGCAAUACAUCUGCUCAAGAACGGCACCUUUUCCUAUUUAACAAUAUGUUGCUCUACUGCGUCCCCAAAUUCAGCUUGGUAGGAUCAAAGUUCUCAGUUCGAACCAGAGUUGGCAUAGAUGGUAUGAAGAUUAUAGAAACUCAUAAUGAAGAAUACCCACAUACUUUUCAAGUGUCUGGAAAAGAGCGAACACUGGAGUUGCAGGCCAGUUCUGAACAAGAUAAGGAAGAAUGGAUAAAGGCACUUCAGAAUACUAUAGAAGCUUUUCAGCAGCGGAAUGAAACUUUCAGAAGUGCUAUUGCUAAGGAAUAUGAAGACACGCCUGUAGAGGUUUCUAAUGCUGAGCUUGGGAAGAGAGCACCAAGGUGGAUCCGAGACAACGAAGUCACCAUGUGCAUGAAAUGCAAGGAGCCCUUCAAUGCACUGACGAGAAGGCGGCACCACUGUCGAGCAUGUGGACAUGUGGUUUGCUGGAAAUGUUCUGACUAUAAGGCACAUCUUGAGUAUGAUGGCAAUAAAUUGAACAAAGUUUGUAAGGACUGCUCUCAUGUUAUAAUUGGUUGUACAGAUAGCGAAGAAAAGAAGAAGAAAGGCAUCUUGGAGAUUGAAUCUGCUGAAGUCUCUGGAAAUAGUGUCAUAUGUAGCUUUCUUCAGUACAUGGAAAAAUCAAAGCCCUGGCAGAAAGCAUGGUGUGUUAUACCUAAACAGGAAGCUGUUGUGCUGUACAUGUAUGGUGCUCCACAGGAUGUUAAAGCUCUGGCUACAAUUCCACUUCUGGGCUAUGCAGUAGACGACACCCCAAAAAGUGCUGACCUCCCACACAGCUUCAAACUGACCCAGUCGAAGUCUGUGCACAGUUUUGCUGCAGACAAUGAGGAACUAAAACAGAAAUGGUUGAAAGUUAUCCACUUAGCUGUCAAAGGUGAGACAUUAGAAUGUCAAAAUGAACUGCAAGUAAGUUUAGAAGAACAACCUGAAUCUUCUAAAGUGUCGGAAUGCUGAAGCUCAAGAACACAUGCUGUUUUUAAAAGAUUUCAAUUGAAUUUGUGGUUAACCUUUUGGCUAACCUUCCUUUGCUCAA